AUGCCGAGCCACACCACCACGACGGCAGCAAAGAGACUCCCCUCUGCCCGGACGAUCUCCAACACAGUGGAUGCACUUGCAGCCAUUGACGAUCGCCGUCAAUCCAAGCGUCAGCGAUACUCGAUUGAGUCCAAUGAUGCAACUGCUGAGGACAUUGACUCUGCUUCGCCCGUAAUGGACCGGUUCAUUGCCGCCAAAGGGAUUGAAGUCGUCCACGCCCUGACCAACUUUUCGGCAUCCGAGAUCAACACGUUGUGGACCAAUAUCAAGACGUUCGUGACGAAGAACUGGAACGUCGGGAGUGGACGCAAGUGUCCGCACGCGGGUACAUGGGACAUUCUCUCCGCCAGCUUCGACGAGAGUGCCGCCACGUUCAGCACCCGCAUCCACAACUUCGUUCGCGUCCUUCACCCGUACUUGAUACGCAAGUACAUCGAUGAUCAAGGCAUGAAGUGGACGAUGCAGCAACUUGCUGUCGCUGGCCUCCAGUUCACAACCCACAAGUCGGCGCUGUAUGCAGUUGAUGUGACGUUCCAGCAGACCACUGUCCCGGUGGUGGAAUUCGGCGAAAAGAAGACGUACUUCUCCAAGAAGCACGGGCUCUAUGGGCACAGGGUUGAGGUGUCUGUUGCACCGAAUGGCUUGGCGAUCAAUAUCACGUAUUGCGCUGUGGGCAGUACGUCGGACAUCGAAAUGUUCAAGGUUAACCUGGGCUUUCACUCGGCGCAACUGGAGAAGCAACCCAACGAUACCAAUGUCAGCGACACCGAGAUGCUCCGCGACAAGUUUCCGAACCAGUGGGCAGUCCUUGCGGACAAGGGAUAUCAAGGCAUCCAAAAGUACGUCCGUGGUUUCACGCCAGUCAAGCGUCCCCCGCACGGUCAACUGACGAUGGAGCAGGAGCGGGCGAAUGCAAAGCUGUCGUCGGACCGCGUGAUUGUGGAGAACUUCUUUGGACGGCUCAAGACGCUGUGGGGUCUGGUGUCGGACAAGUACACAUGGAAGCGGGAUGAGUACAACAUGUACUUUCAGACUUGCGUGGCCCUCACGAACAUCCACGUUCGGUUCAAUCCAUUGCCGAAUUUGGACGGUGAGGGCUACAAUCAGUACAAGAACCGGCUGCUCUCCAUUGGGAAGCAAGAUCAAGUCCAAGAAUGCUUCGUCCAAGGCGAAGUAUCGUGA